GCAGCGCCACGUUUAAUGCGAGCGUUGCGCGACGAGACACGUCGCUCUUACAGUGACGCGGGAGCCGAGUUCUUCCAGGCCGGUGCCAAACUCGACAGGCUUGCACUUUGUGCCGACGGCGUAUGCGUCCCUGUGGCUGCCUCCCUUCAGCGACGCGUACCACCGACCGGCCAGCGACACCGACAUGAACAGCCUGGCGUGCUCGCCAAAGGACGACCUCCGUUGCCUGUCAAGCCUACUAUGAUAUAUGUCGAUGAGACAGAUCCAGAUGAAGAGCCCGAGCCUCCCUUCGAGCCUAGGCAAAUAAAGUUAAAGAAGAACCAAGAUGUCAAUGCGGAAUACAAGCUCAGGGAUGAAUUGGGAAGGGGCAAGUUCGGCACGGUGUACCGCUGUGAGGAGAAGAAGACGGGCCGGAUCCUGGCGGCCAAGUUCAUCCUGACUCAGCGGGCGGAGGACCGCGCCGACGUGGAGCGUGAGGUGGAGAUCAUGCGAUCGCUCCAGCACCCGCGCCUGCUCCAGCUAUACGAUGCCUUCGACGACUCCAAGAAGCAGAUGAUCCUCAUUCUGGAGUUGAUCGAAGGCGGUGAGCUCUUUGAGAGGGUGAUUGAUGACGACUUCGUGCUCACUGAGAAAGCCUGCGCCAUCUUCGUGAGACAAAUAUGCGAAGGUGUUGACUACAUGCACUCCAAAAACAUCCUCCACCUGGACAUGAAGCCGGAGAACGUGCUGUGCACCACGCGAACGGGCAACCGCAUUAAGCUGAUCGACUUCGGUCUGGCGCGCUUCUACGAGCCGGGCAAGAAGCUGCAGGUGCUCUUUGGCACGCCGGAGUUCGUGGCUCCUGAGGUGGUCAACUUCGACAAGGUUGGAUACCAGACCGACAUGUGGAGCGUCGGCGUCAUCUGCUAUGUCCUGCUCUCCGGACUUUCACCUUUCAUGGGAAACAGUGAACUUGAGACGAUGGCGAAUGUUACGAGAGCGGAAUAUGACUUUGACGAUGAGAGCUUCGACCAGAUCUCCGAAGAAGCGAAAGACUUCAUCGCCAAACUACUGCUAAAAGACAAAGAAGACCGUAUGACAGCCUCCCAGGGCUUGAACCAUCCGUGGCUUCGGGUAGGUGUUACAACUCCUCUGCCUAUAGAGGAAAUUGAGGCGCCAGACUUUCAGAAGGAUAAGAAGAGAGACGACACACAGCUGGACAAGAAGAAGCUGAAACGUUUCGUCAUCAGGAGGAGGUGGCAGAAAAUGGUGAAUGCAUUUCUGGCCCUCAGGCGCAUGGGAGCCACCAUCUCGCCAUCUACGCCUUGAACGCUUAACAGAACCUCGGAGCCUUCCAAGACCCACCAUGUGUUCCCCGUGUCUUUCACCCCAACUGAUCUUCACGAAAGAAGACUAACGUCACAUUUCAUCGAAUCACUUUUAUCGUUUAACAGCGUUGUCUCAUCUUUUGCCAAUGGCACGGGAUACCACGAAUGUGCCUGAGAAUGUGUCUUACGCUUCUUAAAUUAACUCGUCAUUAAAGAAGGACGAAAUAAUGAGCGCAAGUUUCUUUUAAGGAUAGAUGCAGGUAGGAGAUUUGAGUGCGGUUGUGAGUAAUUUGUCAUGCGCAAUGUGUGCAAACUAGGCCACAGCAGUGCUUUAUCUCAAACGUAAAGGUAUAUUAAACAUGCCAAAAAUUAUUUUGUAGUAGCCCGCUUCAAAUGGCCACCAAUUCAUGGCUUGAGCUAAAGUCAGUGAAAAAACAAAGCUUGAUUAACUUGCUGCUCAACUUCAUAAUGUGGAACUAUAAUUUUCAUUCGUCUUGCUUUCAAUAAUAAGAAUAAUAAAAAAAACACACUUUGUCAAUGCUUCUUGCAGGUUUCCGCAUGGCAUACUUUUAGAUAGAGUUAGAUCGGACGUGCCUUCAUCUUUGUUUUAGUUAGCCCAUACGCCCUGCCAUCGUAGAAACAUGACGUAUGCUGAGUUAACAUCCUAGGGUCAUGUUACCUGCACGCCUAAAUGUACUAAGACAAACCGUGCGUGGUUCGUUGCAUCUUUAGGCGAAGUGAAGCGUCGAAGCCCAACCGUACGCCGAAAAACGGUCAUGCUCUUUGCGCCUUGUUUUCUACGCGAAAAUCCCCCAGCAAAAACUUUGCUGGAUGCAAAAUUAAUGUUUCCCAUUUCCAACUUUCUGUACAGUGGUGGCGUGGACUGUUUUUUGUAUAAAGGUGUCCGUAAACUGUUACGAACGUUGCGCUUUCUGCUGAAAUGUUUAAUAAAGUUGUCUGUUUCUUACCAA